GGCCGCUCCCUGGCUGCCAGUGCUCGCUAAGAUGGCGGAUUUCCUGCCGUCGCGGUCCCCGCUGUCGGGUUGCUUCCCCGGCUGCCUGCUCAACAGCAGCGAGGCGGAGCAGCAGCGAAAAUCCAAAGAGAUCGACAAGUGCCUCUACCGUGAGAAGACGUACGUCAAGCGGCUCGUCAAGAUCUUGCUGCUGGGCGCGGGCGAGAGCGGCAAGAGCACCUUCCUCAAACAGAUGCGCAUCAUUCACGGGGAGGACUGGGACCGCGCCGCUCGAGAGGAGUUCCGCGCCACCAUCUACAGCAACGUCAUCAAGGGUGUGAGAGUCCUUGUGGAUGCUCGAGAGAAACUUCAUAUUCCUUGGGGAGAUCCAGCUAACCAAACAAAUGGCGACAAACUGAUGUCCUUUGAUACCCGCUCAGGAGCAGUGAUACAUGGGAUGGUGGAGACCUCGGUUUUUUUACAGUACCUUCCAGCAAUAAGAGCCUUAUGGGCAGAUAGUGGUAUCCAGAAUGCCUAUGACAGGCGCAGAGAAUUUCAGCUGGGGGAAUCAAUAAAAUACUUUCUGGACAACUUGGAUAAACUUGGAGAACCAGACUAUCUUCCUUCGCAGCAAGAUAUUCUGUUGGCACGAAGACCUACAAAAGGGAUCCAUGAGUACAAUUUUGAAAUUAAAAAUGUUCCUUUCAAGAUGGUUGAUGUAGGUGGCCAAAGGUCAGAGCGAAAACGCUGGUUUGAGUGCUUUGACAGUGUCACCUCAAUACUGUUCCUGGUUUCUUCAAGUGAAUUCGACCAGGUACUUAUGGAGGAUCGACUAACAAAUCGCCUUACAGAAUCUUUGAACAUUUUUGAAACCAUAGUUAACAACCGGGUUUUCAGCAAUGUCUCCAUCAUUCUCUUUCUAAACAAGACAGACUUACUUGAAGAAAAGGUUCAAAAAGUAAGCAUCAAAGACUACUUCCCAGAAUUUGAAGGGGAUCCUCACAAUUUAAGAGAUGUCCAAAAAUUCCUGGUGGAUUGUUUUCGUACCAAACGCCGGGACCAGCAACAGAAGCCCCUAUACCACCACUUCACCACUGCUAUUAAUACAGAAAACAUCCGCCUUGUAUUCCGUGAUGUCAAGGAUACCAUCCUUCAUGACAACCUCAAGCAGCUUAUGCUACAGUGAUGUGCAAAAAGACUUUGAAUUGUGUUAAUAGUUUACAGCAGGAGUUGGAAAAAACUGGCCUUGUCAGACCUCAUGGUAUGUGGGUAAAAGCUGCUGCUGUUAUAGUUAUCGCCAAUUUCUCUUGAAAUGCAGGCUUUGAUAUUUUCCACUGUAAUUUCCAUUUUGAAUCUGCUUUCAUUUCUUAACAGACUUUAGUUUUGUAAAGCUAACUACAAGUUUUAACCUCUUUCAUCUUUUCACAUUGAUAAAGCCUGUACUCUUAACAUCUGUUAAUCUGUAGACAUACAGUUGAAAGAAUUUAGCUUGGAAACUUGCUAAGUUUAAAGUUGGUUUGGCAUGUGAAAGGACUAGAGAAGAGAUUAAUUCUGGACUGCUCUCCAGGCUUGGCUAACUACCAUCACCACCACCAAUUCUUCUGUGCAGCAAACAGCUCUACUCGGUCAAAUAAUUAAGCUGAAUUUGAAGUUUACAAAUGCAUUUUUGCUUCCAUGCCAAUAGAGGGUGCUCACAAAUAGUACCAACAAAGGAAAACUGUUGUGGUCCACUCCCACUGAAUAUGUUAAGCAAAUUGAAUCCUGCAUAGGGACUUCUGGUCUUACUUGGUGAUUUGCAGAUCAUACAGUUUGACAAAACCUAUGCAUUUACAGUUUGGAACAAUACUAGCUUAAAUCACAGCUGCUUGCAGCUUUGGAAGCUUUCAGUUGCUGUGAAUGAGCCAUUGUUUAAGAAUGCUCCUUGGGUUUUUUGUUCAGUUAGCCAGUUGGAUAAUGGAGGAGGCCAAGCAUGAUAUUUGUUUCUGGUAAGUGGUGACAGUGUUUAUAAAUGUCAGAUGCAACUUGUUUAAGUCAUGUGACAUCAUUGAGAGUUCGCACAGCUGUAGUUGACACAGGAUUGGCCAUUAUUUUGGCUAACAAGGCAAAACUUGUUUUCGAAAAGGAUAAAGCAACUGAGUUAUCUCCAAGGAAUACCAUAUGGCAAAAAAGUGAAAUUUGUAAAAGGAUUGUACCUUCCGCCUCAAUAUGCACCUCAAUAACUCAGCCUUGCAAACACACAUUCAUUGGAAAUAAAUGUAUGGACUAAUUGGUUUCUUUUUCAUCUCAGUAUUGAGGAUACUGGUGAUCCUUUUGAUUUCUCAGGUAUUGGUUUAUAAGCCCAUAUAUUACCAGUUGCUUUGGACAUCCUAGUUUAACUGUAAAAUUUAUUACAGGUAUUGAUCUGUUUAAAGCACAGCAUAAUAUCUACAAAAGGGAUUAACAUGUAUGCCUGCUUUACUGCCAUACAUGGUUAGCAUGCGACUAGCAACACAAGGUUCCUUUUCUAUUUCACAGGCCAAACUUAGUGCAUUACUAUUGCUCUCAACUGCCAAGUGUGAGUAUUACGUGAUUUAUGUGGAAGGAACACAGACAGCAAUAUUUCCAUAUUUAUUAAAACUAAAAUAAUUUUGCUACACUUGACCCAAGAGGUAUUGCUAAUUAAGUGCUUUAAUAGAGUAAGGCUCAAAUUUCAGUUCUUCAGUGGGCCUAGUCCACCAUUAGUAAAUGUUGUUGAUUUAGGAUCUUUUAACCUAAAGUGCCUCUUAAUUAGUCUUCCUUGCAGUGGCCUUAAUGAGAAUGUGGUUUAACUGAGAGUGGCUUUUGCAAAGGGUGAGGUGGGAAAGAGCUCUAUUGCCUGGCUAAAUUUCCAGACAUAGCACAGUGAUUAUAAUUAGUUAUUGUAUAUUUGUUAGGAAAUACAAAAAUGUUAUGAAUAACACCUAAAUGUUCUGGAAGUGUCAUUUCUCCCACUCAAGAUCCCCCCUCCCUAAAUUCUGUCAAAAUUCGUACAUUGUGGGAUUAGAAUGAUUUCACUAAUCUGUCUGUUAAAUUGAGCUGGAUAAGGACAUUGUUAUCCUUGUUAACUGGGCAGUAGCAGUUUUUUAAUCAUAUUUCCUACCAGGUUAAUCCAAUGAAGUAUGAUACUCAUGUGGAACUAACACUGUAUAAGAAGUAAGAAUAACCAAAGCUGUUUCAGUGCCUCAGUUUUAUAAUACUGCUAAUGCUGAUGGGAUACAGAGGUUACUGUUGAUUGGGUACAAAUUUGCCAUUGUGUUCUAGAAGGAUUGCUAUAAAAGGACAUUGAAGAAGUUCAGUUUAUUUAUAAAGGCAAAUGUAUGCUUGACAGCAAAAUUAAAAAUUAUAAAGUAGAUUUACCUAUGUGGCCAGUGUAAGGUUCAAAUGAUGCAUGUAUUUUUUCUCUGCUACCUUCUAAAUCCAAAGCAGCUGUGGAAAGCUGCAAAUAUACAUGAAAAAACUGGGGAGGGUGGUAAAGUUGCCCAAGCCUUUCUUAUCUGACAUCUUACUCAGCUGCUUACAACCUGAAGCUUGUAGGAACAAUAGGAAAAGUAGCCAGAAAAGGAAAGGUUAAGUAACCCUUUCCCCUGGCAUGUUUGUUUAACCUCCAAAGGCAGCUUUUGGAUUUAAAAUAAAGUCAUGGGAAACAUGCAUGCAACUGCGUAUCAUCUCUAAUUUGAAUAAUUGCUAUGAAAUCAAUGUUGGAACUAGAAACAUUGAAAGAGAUUCUGGAUUUUGGGUAAGCAAUGUCAUAUUCUGUCCCACAUGUCCAGGCUGUCAUCUUUGUUUCUUCCUCCUCCCUCAUCUUAUUAAUCAGUUUGGUUCUAGGUCAUCAUUCACCUGUCUAGAAGCCCUGGAAAACAUUUGGACUGAUUUUAUUGUCCUUGGGGUCUUUGGCACUCUCUGCAAUACUCCUACAAUGCUCUAGCAAUGCCCAAUAGUGUAACAAUAAAUAGUAAAAAAAGAGUCUCUUAAAAAGAAUGUUGUAGACAGCCUUCUAAAUUUACCCAAGAAUGCACUUGUAGAAUAUGCUUAGAAUGUCAAAAAUAUUUUUAACAUUCUAAUAGAAAUAUUGAUAAAACCUUACAUGUUGUGAUGCAGUUGUUUCAAAUUCAGGGCUGGAUUACCAGAUGCUUUUUUUUUUAGAAAUGGUUUUUUCUUAAAGUAUUUUAAUGGUUCAUAAUCCCUUUUAGAAGUUCUGGGACGUUCUUUAAAAAACCUGCCACAUUUAGAUUUCCUAAGAUUUCCAUGGAAUAGAAGCUGACUUACCUUGCCCACAAGUUGUGUCCAGUGCAUCCAGGGCAGGGGUUGGUAGGAAAGUGGAGAUGCUUCAUGGAACAUGAUCUACCAAAAUAGUUUACUUUCAACAUGAAUUUGAUUAUCUUGUAAGGUUAAAGACUAACCUUAAGCCUAGGAAGCAAUUUUUUUUCAAGAUAGUGAUUAGGUUCUGUGUAUGCUAGAGUCAGUUCACAGGUCAGUCUUUAAUAAGCCUUCCUCUGUUUGAUGGUACCAAAAAGACAUCUCAAAGAUGAGACAUGGAAGGAUGACACAGCAUUGUAUUAGUGCCAUUUGCAGUUUUCUUUAACUUGUACUUGAAAGCAAAUAAUUGCCACUUAUUUAAAACUGCUUCCCCAGUCUUCAAAAACAGUGAGUGCUUAUAUUCUAUAGAGCCUUUCUCAAAAAUAUAUAUUUUGUUAACAGCCUCACAAAAUCUUUAUCUAAUGAAACCAAGAUUUGUAUUAACUUUGUAUAAAUAUGGGGUGUUUUAUGGCUUUUUUUUUAAUAUGUGUAACUUUUGUAACUUUACGGAAACUAAGAGAAUCUGUUACUUUGUAAAUUGCCCCCUUGCCUUUGUUCUGUGUUGGCAAUAAAUUAUUUCUAAAUAAGGUCUUAAAAGGCAUAAUUUAAAAUGGGUUGAUUACUAUUAGAUGAAAGCAUCCUUUAGUUGUACAUUGCCUCUGUACAUACUCUGCAGGUGUUCCAACCAUUAAUACUGCCUUAUGUAAAAUAAAGUACUGACGGUAAAUAAACAAUAUACAUCCUCACUGCA